CAACGUACGCAGAAGGAGGAACAUGGCCGCCGUGCAGAUGCUGCGGGUGUCCGUACAUGAGCGGAUCAGCGCUGCCGCUGAAGACGUUCUGAUGCAGGUGGAGAAAGGAGGAGGAACGGCUCAAGUCCCGGCGCUGAGAGCUAUGCUAACCGAGCGGCUAAUGGCGGCGGCUGAGGAGAUCCUCGCGGUGUUUGAGGAAACCGUGGCAGAGUACGAAGAGAGAUACGAAGACCGAGUGGAGCGGACAGGGGAGGAGAUCUGCCGCCAGAGGAGGCUGCUCGAUGCCAUGAUGCAGCCCGUAGUCCGGCUUCACAGAGCAGGGUGUCCUGCAGAUGUCCAGCAACUGAUGGUGAAUCAAGAAGAGGUUACUCCUGAACAGCAGCAGUGGAGCCCCCUUGUGGUCAAGGAGGACCCAGAGCCCCCCCACAUUAAAGAAGAACAAGAGGAACCGUGGACCAAUUGGGAUGGACAGCAACUUCAAGGACUGGAAGAGGCUGAUAUCAAUUUCACAUUGACUCCUGUCGCCGUGAAGAGUGAAGAUGAUGAAGAGGAAGUUAAAUCGCCAAAGCUUCAUCCGAGUGAGACGAAGGAGAACAGAGGGAACCUAAGGGGCAAUCUAGAGAAGGAGAAACCAUUUAGUUGUUCUGAGUGCGGUAAAAGUUUUAAUCAAAAGGGCAAUCUAAAUACACAUAUGAGGCGUCAUACAGGAGAGAAGCCAUUUAGUUGCUCUGAGUGUGGUAAAAGAUUUAACCAAAAGGGCAGUCUAAAUACACAUAUGAGGCAUCAUACAGGAGAGAAGCCAUUUAGUUGCUCUGAGUGUGGUAAAAGCUUUAACACAAAGGGCAAUCUAAAUACACAUAUGAGGCGUCAUACAGGAGAGAAGCCUUUUAAAUGCUCUGAAUGUGGUAAAAGAUUUGACCAGACCAGCAAUCUAAAUUUACAUAUGAUGCGUCAUACAGGAGAGAAAACAUUUAGUUGCUCUGAGUGUGGUAAAAGAUUCAACCACAAGGGCAAUCUAAAUAACCAUAUGAGGUGUCAUACAGGAGAGAAGCCAUUUAGUUGCUCUGAGUGUGGUGAAAGAUUUAACCAAAAGGGCAGUCUAAAUACACAUAUGAGGCUUCAUACAGGAGUGAAGCCAUUUAGCUGUUCUGAGUGUGGUAAAAGAUUUUACCAAAAGGGCAAUCUAAAUACACAUAUGAGGCGUCAUACAGGAGAGAAACCAUUAUGUUGAUCUGAGUGUGGUGAAAGCUUUAACCAAAGGAUAACUCUAAAUAUCCAUAUGAAGAGUCAUACAGGAGAGAAACCGUUUAGUUGCUCGGAGUGUGGUAAAAGAUUUACUGAAAAGGGCAGUCUAAAAAAACAUGAGGCGUCAUUAGGGUUGCAAAAUUCCGGGAAUAUUCAAAGUUGGAAACUUUCCAUUGGAGUUAAUGGGAAUAAACUGGAAAUUGUAAAGGUAAUUUAUACCAACUGUUGAUCUUGUCAUAUACAGACAUAAAUAUAAACAUUUUGUUUAGUCACAAGCUGAUUAGAGCCCUGAGGAAACUUUGGGCACUUGACUAUAUGCUUCUGUAUCUUUGUGGCAUUCUUAACAUAGGUCUUCGCACAGUAUUUGCAAAUGUACACAGCUUUUCCUUCUACAUUGGCUGGGGUGAAAUUUCUCCACAUAUGAGAGUGCACGUGGCAUUGUUCUGUAGAAUAAGAUGAGAAAAAAGCUUGUUAAAGAAACAAAUGCAAUGCCAGAGAUAUAAAUAGUUAGCUAAACUAUUGGAAUCGUCUUUAAAAAUAUUUUACAAUUGAUGGAUAAAAUAAUAGAAAUAGGCUAGAUGAAUUAUCCUCAAUCAGCAUGCUAAUAUAUUUCCACAGUAAUAUCAACAAAACUUACCUUACUAGUCCUUGGGCUUAUUCAGUAGUGUGGUCUCAAUAGCCCUGCUGUAGUGCGCGGAAUUAUCUGUGCAUGUGAUGGAGGAAUGCACAGUGCAGGGUUGAAGUUCAACGUGCAGCGUGUGCUUCAGUCCAUACAUCUUUAAAAUAUAGUUUUGAAUGACGUUUCUAUUGGUCAGUGAUUAAUUUGCGGUAAAAAAAAAAUUGAAAUUCCUGAGCUUAACUUCCCAUGGAAAGUUCUGGAAAGUUUCCACCCAUUACAUUACAUUUCAUUUAGUUGACACUUUUAUCCAAAAUGACUUACAAUAAGUGUAUUCAACCCCGAGGGUACAGACCCAAGACAGCUAGAAUCAAGAAAGUGCAACCCUAGGUGUCAUACAGGAGACAAAUCCUUUAGUUGCUAUGACUGGUAAGAAAUUUAAGAUUCAGUCAUAUUAUACGAGACGUGAGGAUUCAUAAAGGAGAGAAAUUAUUCAGUAGCAACCUUUGCAUCAAAAGAUUUUUUGGGAUUUAUCCGCUGAUAAUCAUAUUAUACAUAUUCAUUGUUAACAGUUUUUAAAGAUUUGUGUUUAUAUCUUGUUUCUACUGAUUUCUACAUAAUGUAUCUAUUUUUCAUAAUGUCCUUCAUGUCAUUUUAAGGUUAAAGUGUGUUCCUUGCACUGUAUGAAUGUGUGUUCUUAACUUGUUCAUAUGAUUAAAAAUGUUUGUUUUAAACUAAUGGAUUCUUCGUUUGUGAGAUUCAAUGACAGUGUGUGAUCUCCUUUAUGUA